GGAGCUGGUCAGGGAAGUGGACAGGGAAGCGGAGCUGGACAGGGAAGUGGCCAGGGCGCUGGAGCUGGUCAGGGAAGCGGGGCUGGUCAGGGCGCUGGGGCUGGUCAGGGAAGCGGAGCUGGUCAGGGAAGCGGAGCUGGACAGGGCGCUGGAGCUGGUCAUGGAGCUGGACAGGGCGCUGGAGCUGGUCAUGGAGCUGGACAGGGCGCUGGAGCUGGACAGGGAAGUGGUCAGGGCGCUGGAGCUGGACAGGGAAGCGGUCAGGGCGCUGGAGCUGGACAGGGAAGCGGUCAGGGCGCUGGAGCUGGACAGGGAAGCGGUCAGGGCGCUGGAGCUGGACAGGGAAGCGGUCAGGGCGCUGGAGCUGGACAGGGAAGCGGAGCUGGACAGGGAAGUGGCCAGGGUACUGGAGCUGGACAGGGAAGUGGUCAGGGUACUGGAGCUGGUCAGGGAAGCGGAGCUGGACAGGGAAGUGGUCAGGGAAGCGGAGCUGGACAGGGAAGUGGCCAGGCAAGCGGAGCUGGACAGGGAAGUGGCCACGGCGCUGGAGCUGGUCAGGGAAGCGGGGCUGGUCAGGGCGCUGGAGCUGGUCAGGGAAGCGGGGCUGGACAGGGAAGCGGUCAGGGCGCUGGAGCUGGACAGGGAAGCGGGGCUGGACAGGGAAGCGGUCAAGGCGCUGGAGCUGGACAGGGAAGCGGGGCUGGACAGGGAAGCGGUCAGGGCGCUGGAGCUGGACAGGGAAGCGGAGCUGGACAGGGAAGCGGCCAGGGCGCUGGAGCUGGACAGGGAAGCGGAGCUGGACAGGGAAGCGGUCAGGGCGCUGGAGCUGGACAGGGAAGCGGAGCUGGACAGGGAAGCGGUCAGGGCGCUGGAGCUGGACAGGGAAGCGGAGCUGGACAGGGAAGCGGUCAGGGCGCUGGAGCUGGACAGGGAAGCGGAGCUGGACAGGGAAGCGGUCAGGGCGCUGGAGCUGGACAGGGAAGCGGUCAGGGCGCUGGAGCUGGACAGGGAAGCGGAGCUGGACAGGGAAGCGGAGCUGGACAGGGAAGCGGAGCUGGACAGGGAAGCGGCCAUGGAAGCGGAGCUGGACAGGGAAGCGGCCAUGGAAGCGGAGCUGGACAGGGAAGCGGCCAUGGAAGAGGAGCUGGUCAAGGCGCAGGAGCUGGUGAGGGCGCUGCUCAGGGAAGCAGCCAGGGCGCAGGACAUGGCAGCGGUGCUGGACAGGGAUGCGGCCGAGGGAAUUGUCAUGGAUGUGGCCAAGGUCAAUGUUGUGGUCAGGGACAUGUUAAUGGUAAUUUAGCAUAAUAUUUUCUGGAGAUCUUUUCCACUCCUUCAUUCAAAUGGCAUGUUUUCCCUUUUUGCUCAUGUGGUUUAGAAUUUCUGUCUCUACCACCUCAAAUUAAAAAAAAAUAAAACUGCUUGAUUUGAAAAGUUU